CCCCUUCGAUUGUCUGUCUCUUCUCUCUCUCAACUCUAGUCUUUACUUGCAAGUAAAUAAUGGGUCAGGGAACUCCCGGUGGUUUGAACAGGCAAGGCCAGGGAGGUGAUCGGAAGAAUGAAGGUGAUAAGAAAGAGAAGAAGUUCGAGCCGGCAGCGCCACCAGCAAGAGUUGGUCGGAAGCAACGGAAGCAGAAGGGAUCGGAGGCCGCCUCGAGGCUUCCGACUGUUACUCCGUUGACUAAGUGCAAGCUCAGGCUCUUGAAGCUCGAUCGAAUCAAGGAUUACCUUCUAAUGGAAGAAGAAUUUGUCACCAAUCAAGAAAGGCUGAAACCGCAGGAGGAAAAAACUGAAGAAGAUAGAUCCAAGGUCGACGAUCUCCGAGGUUCUCCUAUGAGUGUAGGAAAUCUCGAGGAGCUCAUCGAUGAGAAUCACGCUAUUGUUUCGUCUUCUGUAGGGCCGGAAUAUUAUGUCGGGAUUAUGUCGUUCGUUGACAAAGAUCAACUCGAGCCCGGUUGUUCCAUUCUGAUGCACAAUAAGGUUUUGUCUGUCGUUGGUCUUCUACAAGAUGAAGUGGAUCCAAUGGUGUCUGUAAUGAAAGUUGAGAAGGCUCCUUUAGAAUCAUAUGCAGACAUAGGCGGAUUAGACGCACAGAUACAAGAAAUUAAGGAAGCAGUUGAGCUUCCACUGACACAUCCCGAGUUGUAUGAAGACAUAGGUAUUAAACCUCCUAAAGGUGUCAUACUCUAUGGGGAACCUGGAACUGGAAAAACCUUGCUUGCCAAGGCAGUGGCAAACUCUACAUCAGCCACUUUCUUACGUGUUGUUGGAAGUGAACUGAUUCAAAAAUAUCUUGGCGAUGGUCCAAAACUCGUUAGGGAACUUUUCCGUGUUGCUGAUGACUUGUCACCUUCAAUUGUUUUCAUUGAUGAAAUUGACGCUGUUGGUACUAAAAGAUAUGAUGCUCAUUCUGGUGGUGAGCGAGAAAUUCAGAGGACUAUGUUGGAAUUGCUUAAUCAGCUAGAUGGAUUUGAUUCAAGAGGGGAUGUUAAAGUGAUUCUUGCUACAAACAAAAUUGAAAGCCUUGAUCCUGCCCUACUCCGUCCUGGUAGAAUUGAUAGGAAAAUAGAAUUUCCUCUUCCAGAUAUCAAGACAAGGAGGAGAAUUUUCACGAUACACACAUCAAGGAUGACGCUAGCUGACGACGUAAACUUAGAAGAAUUUGUUAUGACAAAGGAUGAGUUUUCGGGAGCUGAUAUAAAGGCAAUAUGUACCGAAGCUGGUUUGCUUGCUUUAAGGGAGCGACGUAUGAAGGUUACGCAUGGGGACUUUAAAAAGGCCAAGGACAAGGUAAUGUUCAAGAAGAAAGAGGGUGUUCCUGAAGGACUCUACAUGUGAAGACGACAAACAACGGCUGUUGGAUGCUUCUUCUUAUGUUUCAUAGUUUCUGAGAUUUAUUAUAUGUUCUGUUUUCUUGGUUGGUUGGAGAGAAGAAGAAGAAACUUAGUUUCAGUGUACUGCUGCUACUUAAUGACUCCAUUCUUGGUUUAAUUAUUUCAUCCUUUUUAAGUUAUGUUUUCAAUGGAGAAUUAAAACUUCU